CGACCAUCGGCGGUGCUCUUCGGCGGAUGACGCAGGCUGGUGCCGACUGCUGAGCUCCACCCAGCGAACAACACCACCACCACAACCAGGACGGCUAUCUCGAGCAACCCCCGACGCGCCUCACCGCCUAUUGGCCUUUUGCACCGCACGCGAGCAGCCCGAUCUGACAUGCGAAGAUAAAGGAUGCCCUAGCGACGUCUUAUUCACUGCGCCGCCCGUUGAGUCUCCCGCCACGCCUGCUCGCAUGGCCUCGUCAACCGCCCGCAAUGGAUCCCCAGGUCGCGGCCGGUCCACCAGCCCGCGCUCGCCCCGGUACUCGCAGGCCUUUGACGAUGACGACGAGAGCAGCUUCAUAGACUCGCUCCCCGAUACCCGCCAUCUGCAAGCUUUUGGCAAAAAAGUCACUGCCACCGCCGGCAGCUUGAUAGGCGCCGAAGGAGUCACCCAGCACUACCAGAACGCCAUUGGCGAGCUCCACCGCGAGCUCAGGCGCCCGCUGAUGCAGCGCUCCGUCUUUUCCUUCGCCCAGACCACCCCCCGCGAGAUCGUGCGCUCGCGAAUCUCCGUCCCCGAGAUCCAGCAGCGCGCCCUCGCCUACAUCCCCAACGACCUCCUGUCCAACAUCCCCGAGGACAACGCCGAGUUCUCUCUCUUCCAGGGCUUCGAGGCCUCGCUGCCCGACGCCCCCGACAGCCAUGCGAAGAAACACGGCCGCCACAAUGCGCGGGGGCAGCGACUGAUCGGUGGUGGGGAAGAUGAGGACGAUCCCAAUGUGCCCCCCUCGAUGCAGAAGCUGAGGAAGCAGCGGAACAGCAUGGGCCACCGCCUCGAGAUGAUGAGCGUGCGCAAGCAUAUGUGCGUGGCCGAGAUACACGAAAUCGACAACAAGAUCGCCAACCUCAAUACCAUGCGCAAGAUGGUCCUCGACCGUCUGGCGGGGCUCGAAAUCGAAGAGGGCGAGCUGGAGCAGGACCUGCUCACCGUGGACAACCGCAUCGAGGACCUGCAAGAAGAGUUGGACGACGAGGCUGCACUGGCACCCAAGACGGCAGAGUCGCAAACCAGCGACGAGGUGUCAGAAGGCAAGGGCGAAUUCAUGUCAGAGUCUAUAUACCAGAAGAUACCCUCCUCGCCAAAGACGAAAAACAAAGCCAAGAGGCUGUCAAAGAGGAUGUCUAUGCCCGUACUCCACGAGCAUCUACAGUCAGGAUCCAAGAUCAAGGAACUGCCCGCGCACAUGGACGCCAUCACCGCCAUGGACUUUGACGCUCCGUGGGGCAUGAUGGUCACCGCAUCUCUAGACGACACAGUACGAGUAUGGGAUCUGAGCGCCGGACGGUGCAUCGGAAUGCUCGAGGGUCAUCUCUCCUCCGUGCGCUGCCUACAGGUCGAGGAAAACAUCGUCGCGACCGGCUCAAUGGACGCUUCGAUAAAGCUGUGGGACUUGAGCAAGGCUGAAUAUGCGCCCAUGGAUAACCGGAUAAACAAGCCGGACGAAGAAAGCGACGAUGGUCUGGCAUUUGAGAACUCGGAAGACGCACCUCCUGCGCCACCGUCGACCAGCAUGCAGGACUGCCCUCUCUUCUCCCUCGAAUCACAUGUCGACGAAGUCACUGCGCUACAUUUCCGCGGCGACACUCUGGUUUCCGGUUCUGCAGACAAGACAUUACGGCAAUGGGAUUUGGUCAAAGGACGAUGCGUGCAGACGCUUGAUGUCCUCUGGGCUGCCGCCCAGGCCACAGCUACGAACACCUCUAACAGCACAUGGCGACAGACGGGACGCUCUGCCGACUCCUCUGCCGACUUUGUAGGCGCUAUUCAGGUCUUCGAUGCCGCACUUGCUUGUGGUACCGCCGACGGUAUGGUACGUCUAUGGGAUCUGCGCAGCGGACAGGUUCACCGAAGUCUCGUCGGUCACACAGGCCCUGUCACAGCCCUGCAAUUCGAUGAUGUUCAUCUCGUGACCGGUAGUGCCGACAGGAGCAUACGCAUCUGGGAUCUCCGAACUGGCGCCAUCGCCGACGCCUACGCUUACGACCACGCCAUUAGCAGCAUGAUGUUCGACUCACGCCGGAUUGUGUCUGCAGCAGGUGCCAACGUAGUCAAGGUGUACGACAAGACAGACGGAAGGCACUGGGACUGCGGACCUGGGGCUGACGAGAACGACAAGACGACACACUCUAUCAUCGAACACGUCAGGAUAAAGGAUGGCUAUCUGGUUGAAGGACGUAGAGAUGGUACCGUUGGUGUGUGGUCGUGUUAGUAGAACUACACUAGUAGAAGCGAUGAGAAUUGUAUAUAACAACAGAGUUGCGCAUAUGCCAGCGAUGGGAAUGGCAAAGUGUUGUACUGCUGUUGAGCACUCAUGACAAUGUCACUAUGAAUCAAUUUCAUGCCACUGCAAUGGCCAAGAUGACAUCCACCCAACGCCAGUCGUAACGCAUGUGGGCCGCUUCUAGACAGGUUAUGGAUUCAGCUAUCAUCCACAAUUACUGUGCUAAACUUGAUCAAACACAAAGUCUGCCCGGGCGGGAUGCAUGCUUAGUGAAGACCAAAUUCAGUACGUGAGUAGAGAUGGAGCCGGCUCACAGAGACAUCAAGAAAUGUGUCUGCGUUAGUUGCAAGCCGCGUCCG